AUGCGCCGCCUCGCGUCCCCGCGCUUGCGCGGGAUCCCCGCCGUCGUCCGGCUCGAGCACGUCGCGUGGACGGCAUGGAUGUGUCGGGAGCGUCGCGCUCUUCAGGCGACUGGGUGGCACCUCCGCGGCUCGAGCAAGCGCGUCUCACCGUUCCUACGCGCGUGCACGAGGGACGUGAACGGCAAAUUGAAGGUCUUCAUUGUCGUCGUGUGCGUGCAGGCCGUAUGCGUCAGCACCCUCUACCUCUGCAUCGCUGCUUUCACCGUCUGGUACCUCCCGCUUUGGUACCCCCAAGACACUUGGUCUGUGCCUGAUCCGCGACUACGUUUGCGACCGCUCCGUGCUGACUGGCAAUCUGAUAUGAUAUUCUUUGACUACGAGGGUUUUACAUUUACCGUCAUCAACCCCUCUGCCGUAGAAUCCCUGCCGGGGCUUAUAGUCUCGGAUCCUCACCUCAACCUCACCCCGAGGGACCUCAGGAAAGCAGUGUGGGCGACGAACAGAGCUCCGGAAUUGGCCUAUAUGCUCAAAAAAAUUCGCAAAGAGUCCCCCAUCCUCGCUGGUGUGAGUUCCUCUUUGCUUCCAAUCGUCAACACUACGAACGGCUACAUGCUUCAACCGAACGUAAUCAACGACUGGCGGAUCCUCGAAGCCUGCCUCCUUCACACGCAUCAGUAA